UGAAACAAAAGGCAAUUAAAACGAUGGUCCCUCAGAUAAGCGACGCCACGGCACUUCAUAGAGGCAAAGACUAUCUUAAAGAGACUUUGAUAGAGGAAGGUGAGAGUAUUAAUCAGCUGUUAUCAAACCAGUCUCAGAACACUCUCAUUGGCAGUCAAACAUCUUAAACAUGGAAGCUACUACUGCAGAUUUCAUAUACCCUGAUUGGGUGUCUCCCUGCCCAGACAACAUGCAGUAUAUGAACCACGCGGUUUUGGUCUUAGUUUACGUCAUAGUUUUCUGUCUGAGCUUGCCGGGCAACAUGGUGGUGAUCUUCGUGGUGAGCUGCAUGGAGAACCGCAGGACGUCUACUGAUGUUUACCUGAUGCACCUGGCCAUCGCCGACCUGUUCUUUGCCUUGACUCUCCCAUUCUGGGCUGCUUACUAUUACGCCGGCCACUGGAUGUUCGGCACAUUUAUGUGCAAACUGAUUUCAGGCUUGCAGGAAGCCACAUUUUACUGCUGCGUCUUCCUGCUGGCUUGCAUUAGUUUUGAUCGCUACCUGGCCAUCGUGAAAGCAACCCAAUUCCUCACCCAAAAACGCCAUCUGGUCGGUAUAGUGUGUGCGGUGGUGUGGCUAUGUGCCUGUUUGUUGUCCCUGCCCAUUAUAGUGAAUCGUGAGGCCUUCGUGUCUGUAUAUACGCAGGAGUAUACGUGCCAUGACAAUUUGACCGCAGGAAGCAUGGACAGCUGGAGGAUGAGUUUGCGGAUUCUCCACCACACUUUGGGAUUCUUCCUGCCAUUAGCCGUCAUGAUGUUCUGCUACGGUUUCACCAUGUGCACGCUUUGCCGCUCGCGCAACAGCCAAAAGCAGAAGGCCAUGCGGGUCAUCCUGUCUGUCGUGUUGGCUUUUAUCAUCUGCUGGCUGCCCAAUAAUAUCCUAGAGUUAAUAGACACCCUGAUGCGAGGCGGCCAGGUGAUGGAAAGCUGUGAGCUGAGAGACAGCAUAGGCGUGGCCUUCGUCACACAGGCAAUGACUUCUGCCCGCUGUGCAAUAAACCCUAUCCUGUAUGUCUUCAUUUGGAAGAAAUUACGCAACCAGCUCCUGACGUCUCUCUUUAAGAAAGGCCUGUUGGGGAGAGACACAACGUCGAAAUAUCAAGUGGGAUCUGUCAAUAGCUUUGGGAGCACAAGGCAAAUGUUGAUCAGUCCAGCUCCUUAGGGCUUUGAUCCCUCAAGGACCACACCAGUGAGUUUUUAGAUCUUGCUCACCAAACCCUCUACCCAUCAGUGGUGUUUGUAUUCACAGCCACAGCAUGAAAACCAUGGCCCUUCUCGGCCCUUUGACCCAUCGGCUCCACCGUCAUCUUUUAUCCGUUCAGCUUUUCUAGUUUAGUUCCUCAUUUUGGUCUGUGUAUUUCUACACCAUUUAGUUCAGUUCGAAUUUUUUUUUUUUUUUUUUGAAAAAAUAAUUUUUUUGUAACAUUAAAAAUGUUUUUGCUGUCACCUUUGAUCAAUCUAAUGCAUCCUUGCUAAAUAGCAUUAAUUUCUUUAAAAAAAAAUCUUACUGACUCUAAACGGUUUAGUUGUUGCCUCCAUUUGUUUCAGGGCAUGUUAUUUCCCUUUUACUCUGAAAAAUGUAAAAAGCAAAUUAUUGUGUGUUGAUUCUGCUUCACAUGUGCAAAUAAAGAGAGAAAAAAAUAGUUUUCUCACACAUUAAUGUCUGUUAAAAAAUCAGUCUGCUCUGGGUCAGGCAAUGGCGUCAUUUCACCAAUGUCUCCACUUCUCU